CCCCACCCACAUCCAUCCCCCCCUCCCCCCCCACAUCCAUCCCCCCCUCCCCCCCCACAUCCAUCCCCCCCUCCCCCCCACAUCCAUCCCCCCCCUCCCCCCCCCCCCCCCCCUCCCCCCCCACAUCCAUCCCCCCCCACAUCCAUCCCCCCCCACAUCCAUCCCCCCCCUCCCCCAUCCCCCCCCCUCCCCCCCCCCUCCCCCCCCUCCCCCCCCCUCCCCCCCCACCCCCCCCCUCCCCCCCCACAUCCAUCCCCCCCCUCCCCCCCCCCUCCCCCCCCACAUCCAUCCCCCCCAUCCAUCCCCCCCUUCCCACCCACAUCCAUCCCCCCCUCCCACCCACAUCCAUCCCCCCCUCCCACCCACAUCCAUCCCCCCCUCCCACAUCCUCCCCCUCCCACAUCCUCCCCCUCCCACAUCCUCCCCCCCCCACAUCCUCCCCCCCAUCCAUCCCCCCCUCCCCCCCAUCCAUCCCCCCCUCCCCCCCAUCCAUCCCCCCUCCCCCCACAUCCAUUCCCCCCUCCCCCCCCCACCCACAUCCGUUCUCCCCCCCCCCCACCCCCCCCGCCCCGUUCCCCCCCUCCCCCCCCCUCCCCCCCUCCCCCGUUCCCCCUCCCCCCCCCUCCCCCGUUCCCCCCUCCCCCCCCUCCCCCGUUCCCCCCUCCCCCCCCUCCCCCGUUCCCCCCUCCCCCCGUUCCCCCGUUCCCCCCUCCCCCCCCGUUCCCCCCCCCGUUCCCCCCCUCCCCCCUCCGUUCCCCCCCCUCCCCCCUCCCCCGUUCCCCCCCCUCCCCCCCUCCCCCCGUUCCCCCCCUCCCCCGUUCCCCCCCUCCCCCGUUCCCCCCCUCCCCCCCUCCCCCGUUCCCCCCCUCCCCCCCUCCCCCCCCUCCCCCGUUCUCCCCCCCCUCCCCCCGUUCCCCCCCCCUCCCCCCCGUUCCCCCCCUCCCCCCCGUUCCCCCCCGUUCCCCCCCGCCCCCCCGUUCCCCCCCGCCCCCCCGUUCCCCCCCGUUCCCCCCCGCCCCCCCGUUCCCCCCCCUCCCCCCCCCCUCCCCCCCUCCCCCCCCUCCCCCCCCUCCCCCCCCCCUCCCCCCCCCUCCCCCCCCCUCCCCCCCCUCCCCCCGUUCCCCCCCUCCCCCCCCGUUUCCCCCCCUCCCCCCCGUUUCCCCCCCCGUUCCCCCCCCGUCCCCCCCUCCCCCCGUUCCCCCCCUCCCCCCCGUUCCCCCCCUCCCCCCCGUUCCCCCCCUCCCCCCUGUUCCCCCCCCCCCCGUCCCCCGUCCCCCCCGUUCCCCCCACGUCCGUCCCCCCCCCUCCCCCCCCUCCCCCCCACGUCCACCCCCCCCUCCCCCCCUCCCCCCUCCCCCCCCUCCCCCCCCUCCCCCCCCU